AGUAGUAAUCUUGGGGAAAAUCCAAAUACAGAGCUGAAAUUCUAUUUUGAACCUAAAGUUUGCUUGAAUGAAUGACAGGAGGCAGAAGAUUUUACAGCACCGGAAGUCCCUUCCUAUUGCUUUAGUUGAGAAACGACUUGUUGAUGAGGUUCGAAAGAAUAACACUUUGAUUAUUGUUGGAGAAACUGGAAGUGGGAAAACAACACAGUUGCCUCAGUUCUUAUUUAACGCGGGAUUCUGUGGUUACGGGAAAGUUGUUGGGGUAACACAGCCUAGACGUGUUGCUGCUGUAACUGUUGCAAAAAGGGUAGCUGAGGAAUGUGGUGUUGAGUUGGGGCAGAAAGUUGGGUAUUCCAUAAGGUUUGAAGAUGUGACUUCCAGCUCAACAAGGUUAAAGUAUAUGACUGAUGGUCUACUGCUUCGGGAAGCUUUAUUGGAUCCAUACCUCUCUAGAUAUUCAGUGAUAAUUGUUGAUGAAGCUCAUGAACGAACUGUUCACACUGAUGUAUUGCUUGGCUUGCUGAAAAAGGUACAAAAUGCUAGGUCUAGAUCUGCCAAACACGAUCUUAAUGUUGGUAAGUCAAAUGAUGGUACCUCAGUCAUGGAGAAAGAAAAUGACAAUCUGUGCAAAGGUACUGACAAGCAAGGCCAAGGUGGAAAAUUUCUACCUUUGAAGUUAAUUAUCAUGUCUGCUAGCUUGGAUGCACGAGUUUUUUCUGAGUACUUUGGGGGUGCAAGAGCUGUUCACAUUCAAGGGCGACAGUUUCCUGUGGAAAUACUCUAUACACUUCAUCCUCAGGAGGAUUAUUUAGAUGCAGCUUUGAUCACCAUAUUCCAGAUUCACAUGGAAGAGGCUCCAGGUGAUAUCCUUGUUUUUCUGACCGGGCAAGAAGAGAUUGAAUCUGUUGAAAACAUUAUUCAGGAACGACUUCGGCAGUUACCUGAGGCUAGUCGAAAACUGCUUACUGUUCCUAUAUUUUCUUCUCUUCCUUCAGAACAACAACUACGAGUUUUUACGCCAGCUCCACCAGAUUUCCGUAAGGUAAUACUGGCAACCAAUAUUGCUGAGACAUCAGUGACAAUUCCUGGAAUUAAGUACGUUGUAGAUCCUGGAUUUGUAAAAGCCCGCUCUUAUGAUCCAGCCAAAGGAAUGGAAUCACUGAUUAUAGUUCCAACUUCUAAAGCCCAAGCUCUUCAAAGAAGUGGACGUGCAGGGCGUGAAGGACCUGGGAAGUGUUUCCGUCUUUAUCCAGAAAGUGAAUUUGAGAAACUUGAAGAUUUGAUAAAGCCAGAGAUUAAGCGGUGCAACCUUUCAAAUGUCAUACUGCAGCUCAAGGCCCUUGGUGUUGAUGAUAUCUUUGGAUUUGACUUCAUGGAGAAACCAUCAAGGGCAGCUAUUGUGAAGUCAUUAGAGCAAUUAUUCUUGCUCGGUGCUUUGACAGAUGAUUGCAAAUUGUCAAAUCCAGUUGGUUGUCAAAUGGCACGACUUCCCUUAGAUCCAAUUUAUUCCAAAGCUCUCAUACUAGCCAGCCAAUUUAACUGCUUGGAAGAGAUGUUGAUAACUGUUUCAAUGCUCUCAGUUGAAUCUAUAUUUUAUGCCCCUCGUGGGAAAAUGGACGAGGCACGAACUGCAAUGAAAUGUUUUGCAAGUCCAGAUGGAGACCAUAUUACUUUGGUCAAUGUUUAUCGAGCAUAUGAUGAGUUUUUUGUGAAAAGAAAGUUGCAGCUAGGAAAAGACAAACAUGGAAAGGUUUUGAGGAAAUGGUGCAAGGAAAACUAUAUUAACAGCCGUUCACUAAGGCAUGCCCGUGACAUCCACAGUCAAAUUCAUGGACACGUUCAACAAAUGGGUCUUUGUAUUUCUUCUUGUGGAGAUGACAUGUUACAGUUCCGCAGAUGCCUUGCUGCUUCAUUUUUCCUUAAUGCAGCUGUAAGACAGCCUGAGGGAACAUACAGGACACUGGCAAGUGGUCAGAUUGUGCAGAUCCAUCCGACAUCUGUUUUAUUUCGUUCAAAACCUGAGUGCAUAGUCUUCAAUGAGCUUGUCCAAACAAGUAAUAAGUACAUCCGUAACAUAACAAGAAUUGAUUUCUUGUGGUUGACUGAGUUGGCUCCUCAUUAUUAUUCCAUGCAAGAUUAAAAUCUCUGCUUGUUAGGAACAGCAAUUUUGGCUAGAGAGCUGUUGUUCUUCGGCUGACUUUUGGGAGAAGCAGCUGUUUGCCAAGAGUUCCUUCAGAAAUUAAAGUCGCAGCAUGCUUUUCUGGUUUAUUCUUGGGGGGCCAAAAAUUUUCAAGAAGCUCAGUUUGUGUAAGGCUGUAGUUUUCUGGUUGAAGUUUCCUCAAAAUCUCCGAGAUGGAAGUUAAUGAAUGGGAUUCUUUGUUAUCAAAAGGACUGGGAAACUGCAAAAAAAUGGGAAGCUCUUGUGUGGUGUUAAUCCUUUUAUCUUAUUUGAAGGGCUUGUUUGGCAGAACUUAAAAGCAAACUCACAUUUUGAGCAAAUUCUCUUUUCAGAAAUUGUAAUUUUAUCUUCAAAAUGAUGGUUGUAGAUCUUCAAAAUUGAUACGGAUAUAAUGUCAUGUCAUAUUAUAAAUUUAUGAUAUGAUAUAUUGUUACAUAAUUAGUUUUUUUAUUUGAAGAUUUAUUUAUAAUAUUGUACAUAUUUAACAAAAAAGCUGAAGGUUGCGAAGGAGUAGGAACAAAAAUAGGCUAAAUCCCCUAUUUGCACUUUAUAUAUUAUUUUUUUCACAAUCAACACCCUCUAUAAUUUUUACUCUUGGUCGACACCUUUCAUAAUUUGAAAUCACCAAAGAAAAUCCAACUAGAGACAACAAUCAGAGUAGAUCAAGUUCACCAAAGAACAAAUAUAAAUAAUGACAGUAA